AUGGAACGCCUUGCACUGACGGAUCUCGUCGACCUCAUGAAGGGUAACCAGACAACCAACAAAUGGGAUGUCGUGGUCUCCUACGACGAGGACAAGAUCAACGACCUGCUUCAAGCCGACUCAACCAAGCUCGAGGAUAUCCUCCAGAUAGAGCCAUUCACCAAAGAAGUGGACUUCUGGAUUAUAGUGGCGGAAGGGACGUUUGACCUGCAGCUCAAGAAUCCUCGCCUUCAAUUUUUGGCGGGCACUACGCAGGUGGCCCUAGUCUGCGAGCUCACGGGCACGUACGAGUUCCCCACUGUCGGGAAGCCCAAAGAAGACAUACCCGCAGGUACUCAGUUGCAAUUGAUAGUGUCACUGUUUAACUGUGCCGGUCAGCGCAUUGAGAGCAAUGGCAGGACUACCUUUGUGCCAGACGCCAAGAACGGCAUCAUCGAGGGAACCCCCAAGGACUACACCAUUCAACUGGACCCCAAGAACGGUCGUGGUAAUGGGCUCUGCCUUGUCUUUCGCAAUGUCGAAGCGAAGGUUAUAUCCACCGAUACGACUAUGAAAACCUUGUCCGCGCCUAUUGAAAGGGGCAUCACCGAUCACUUCGCCGAUGCCAAGCAGAUCUACUACUAUCUGACGGGGGUGUCCAAGUAUACGCCCAGCUCCGCGAACCAGGUGCUGGAGCCCGUGGCCUUCAACUUUAGCAUCACCCCCCCGGACAAUGACAAACGUAUUCCUGGUGUUCUUACGACUUGGAUCAGCGUGAAAGGUGGAGAGGGGGGUGGCCAAAAGCCCAGUGGGCAGAGCCCGCUCUAUUUCCGACCAGGUGGCGACGUUCAAUGCCCAAUUCCUAAGGGCAGCUCGGCCAGUGUGAUCAUAAGCAGCUACACAAUGGCUAAUUGUUUCUUCAUACCAAACCUGUCACGUAGUUUCAAGCAUGUGAAGCAGAAGGAUAACGCAAAAGAGCUAUCAUUCACCGGCGACAUGCAGGCCGAAAACAUCUACGUCGAGACACUGGACAACAAAGUGAAAGUCCAAAAUUGGCCUGCCAUCUGGGAGUACAGCAAAUGUGAGGGUGUUGACCUGCCUGUCGACACGCCGCCGACGGAUAUAACAGUGAGCCAGGAUGUGGUGACAGCGAGCUCAGACUCCGUGACCGUCAGCUUCACAAGUAAUUCGGAGACCAGUCAUUGGAGCUACUAUAAGGACGCUGGCGUGGCUGGCGCCAAUCCAACCCUUGCUAGUGGAAAUGUUACCUUGACUUUCACCUGGAACGCUGUUGGCAGUUGGUCUGGCGGCACGGCUGCGCAUCCUAAUCUGCUCCAAUUGGACUUCAAAGGAGACAAUGAAUACAAAACAAUUCAGACGGCCGAUAAACCUACCUUCUGGCUCAGCUGGAUGGGCGGAUUGAACUACCCAAGUUUCUAUGAUAACAUCCGUGCCCCGAAGCCGAACAUCGAUCUCAGCAUGGAUGCAUUGGACUACUUCCUCACCACCAACGUGUUCUUCCCUGGCAAGGAGAUCUUUAAGGCGCAUUCCCCUAUUGCAGGCGCCGACCGGAGUACUGGUCUGGCCGUCCCCAGAGAUCUUAUUCUGACUGGUGAUGUUGCGAGCGACUGA